AGGAAGUAAAUGAUUAAAAACGAUUCUCAGUUCUUCUUAAUAAUAAUUAGCUUACGAUUAUUUCGUCCUCGUGCGAUUCAUAUAAAGCAGCACUCAUUGUAGGACACGUUAUGCGUUCGUGUAAGUUCUAUCUUCGACUUUAUAUUAAGUCAAACAUUUACAAUGAUUACUACGCGAAUCGUUGCUAUUCUGCUAAUUGUUGUAGUGGCAUUAUUUCAAAAUAGUCGAGCGCAAUUCGGAAUUCCACCAAUUGGAGUAGACAUUGGGGGCUAUGGUCCUGGAGGCUACGGUAACCAAGGUUAUGGACGAGGAGGCUAUGGUAAUCAAGGUUAUGGUCGUGGUGGUUACGGUCGUGGCCCGCCAGGAAGAGGAUAUGGAGGUUACGGAUAUGGAAAAUGAAUAAAAUGAAGGCACAUUUUUUACACGUUAAAUUAUACAAUUAUGUUCACAUUGUAUUAUUUAUCUGCACUGUAAUAUAAUAAAAAUGUAAAUCAUU